AUGGAGGAGGAAUCUAGCGAGUUACCGGGCACAGACGGCAUGCCGCCGAAGCAGCGGCACCAGGCCAAGCACCGGGAACUCUUCCUCUCACGGCACGUGGAGACACUGCCGGCUACCCACAUACGCGGCAAGUGCAGCGUGACCCUACUCAACGAGACAGAGUCGCUGCUCAGCUAUCUCAAUAAGGAUGACGCAUUUUUUUAUUGUUUAGUAUUCGAUCCUUCACAAAAGACUUUAUUAGCAGAUAAGGGUGAAAUCAGAGUGGGAAGUAGAUAUCAGACUGAAGUAACUAAUUUAUUAAAAGAAGGCGAAGAGGACCCAAGAAACAGUGAGGAGUUAGAAACGCUAGUGUGGACACCAGAACAUGGAUUGACGGACCGACAGAUUGACCAGUUUCUAGUAGUGUCACGUUCAGUGGGGACAUUUGCGCGAGCCCUUGACUGUUCAUCCAGUGUCAAACAACCCUCAUUGCAUAUGUCCGCAGCCGCUGCCAGCCGAGACAUUACACUUUUCCACGCUAUGGACACACUCCACAAAAGCGGGUACAGCAUAGAGUCAGCUCUAUCCUCACUUGUGCCUGCAUCAGGGCCAGUGCUGUGCCGGGAUGAGAUGGAAGAGUGGUCGGCCUCAGAAGCGAACCUCUUUGAAGAGGCCCUCGACAAGUAUGGGAAGGACUUUGCUGAUAUACGGCAGGACUUUUUGCCAUGGAAGACGCUAAAGAACCUAGUUGAAUACUACUACAUGUGGAAGACCACGGACCGCUAUGUGCAACAAAAACGUGUGAAGGCGGUGGAAGCCGAGUCCAAGCUGAAGCAGGUCUACAUUCCCAACUACAACAAGCCGAACCCAGCCCUCAUAACGAGCAACAAUGGCAACGGCAAAGGGACAGUCCUCAACGGCGGGACCAACGGCACUGCCGCCAUCGCACCCACCGUUUGUGCUUCCUGCCAAGUAACGAAUUCGUCGCAAUGGUACACGUGGGGUCCGCAACACUUGCAGUACAGGUUGUGUGGCACUUGCUGGCAAUAUUGGAAGAAAUAUGGAGGCCUCAAGACGGCAGGUGUAUUCGGCGAGAGCGAAGUGGAUUCGAAUCGCGCCAAUCGGGCCGUUGAGGAGGGAGGCCUGUCCGCCUCACAUCGCCCGCAUCGCUGCACUGUGCUUAACUGCGCUAAGGAAUUCAAACUCCGAGCCCACCUGGUCCGCCACGUGGCGACGGCCCACGGCGGUUGCGAGGGCGCUCGGCCCGUGAUGAAGACGCGGGCUGCGUUCUACCUCCGCGCCUCCCCCUUCACGCGCCUUGCGAGGCGACUAGUUCGAGCGUUGCGACGCCCCACGCACUUCGCCCGUUCACCGUUUUCGCCAAUUAAUCUGCAUCAGGUCAAACAUGAGUGUACAUUGGCAAUGAACGCAGGCGGCGCCGAAACGCGAGCAGCUGGCAAAAUACGGUCUCGUGGUCCCGUGGGCGCAGUGGCCACGAGACUAGCGACCGCUCAUGGGGCUGCAGCACCCCGUUCGCAGGAAUGGCUCAUUUUGACACCCAAGGACCGGAUGCCUUUGCCCGAACAUGUGGCGUACCCGAAACCGCCCAAGGCGCCAGAUGGCAGCCUGAUGUACGAGCGAGUACUGUCCCGCGCGGAGAUAGAGGCCAGACGCGGAGAUACGCCCACGCUCCCGCUCCCGCAGCCGCUCAAGCGACGCGCGUAUGACGACAUCAACGGACUCGACAGAGGCGCCAGUGCAGUGGCGGGUCCGCCAGCCAAGCGGCCCAACAAGCACCCUGCGCCGAUGCAGCGGCCGUCGCGCGAGCAGUACGCGGCCAUGUGUGCGCGCGCGCAGGCCACGGGUCAACCGCUGCCCGCGCACGUUUUCGCACAUGUGAACGGUAAGCCGACAAGUCUGUCGGGUCGCGGCGGACGGCGUCACGUGAUCUCGUGGAUGGACGCGCCCGACGACCUCUACUACAGAGCCACUGAAACUGUCAAGAGCCUGCGGCGCUCGCUGAGCUGUGGCGAGCUACGUCGCGGGGCGCGGGCCCCCUGGCGGGCGAUGCGGGCCGGGGCAGCGGCGUCGCUCAAGGGAGCAGCCGGGGCCGUUGGUGCCGUGGGGGCGGCGGGGGCCGUGGGGCCCGCGGGGGCGGGGGCGCCCCUGCAGCUGGUGAUCCUGGACUGA